GAAAUUUCACGUAAUAACUCAAAAUUAAUUGAGGAAAAUGAAAAAAUUUUACGUAUUAAUAAUGAUUUAAAAGAAAAAUUUCAAAAUAUAAAUGAACAAUUUGAAAAACUUCAAAAAGAUUUAAAUUUAGAAAAACAAAAAAAUAAAGAAAUUCAACGACUUGAAGUAAUUUCUCAAAAUUUAGAAAAAAAUUUAAAAAUAUUGGAAGUUGACGAAAUUGAUAUUAAUACUAUCAAUGCUUUUAAAGAAAAUAAUGAACAAAAAAAUUGUAAUAUUAACAAUAAUUCAACAACCUUCGCUUCAAAUUGUAGUAAAGGUAUGUGAAUAUUAGAAUUGUGGUCGGAUUAGAUUUUGGAGUAACAUAUUCUGGAUUCUCUUAUUGUCAUGUUAAUAAUCAAAAUAUA